GUUGAUGAUGACAGGCAGGUGGUCGCAGAGAUCAUGGCAAGAAGUUUUAUUCCAACUCUGAUAACGACUAUUUCUUGGGAAGGCUUUCACUUUGCUGGUCAUGAGAUCCGGAUUACUGAAGCCAAAGAUUGUUAUGGUGCUGUUGUCUGGCCAUCGGCCCUUGUUCUAUGCUAUUUCCUGGAAACACAUACCAAACAAUAUAACAUGGUUGAUAAAAAUGUGAUUGAAAUUGGAGCUGGGACCGGGCUUGUCUCCAUUGUGGCAAGUUUACUUGGUGCUCGAGUGACUGCUACAGACUUACCUGAAUUACUUGGAAACUUGCAGUAUAAUAUUUCCAGAAAUACCAAAAUGAAAUGCAAGCAUUUGCCUCAGGUUAAAGAACUAUCCUGGGGAGUAGCAUUGGACAGAAACUUUCCCAGGUCUGACAAUAACUUUGACUACAUCCUGGCAGCAGAUGUUGUCUAUGCCCAUCCUUUCCUGGAGGAGCUUCUCAUGACCUUUGACCAUCUCUGCAGAGAAACUACCAUCAUCCUCUGGGCCAUGAGAUUCAGGCUGGACAAAGAAAAUAAAUUUGUAGAUAGAUUUAAGGAACUGUUUGACCUGGAGGAAAUUUCUAGUUACCCUAGCCUGAAUAUUAAGUUGUACAAAGCUAUGAAGAAAAAUCGGAGGAGUGCAUAGUGCAUAUUGUCUGUGAAUUAGGGCAAUGACAUGUAAAGGUAGUUUCUAGUAGAUCAUUACUUUAAAGAACACACACAUACACACACACACACACACACACACACACACACACACACACACACACAAACAUCACUGUAAGAAUAAAAAGUAACUCUAAACUUGCUUAUUAUAGGCAAGGAUUUUUACAUACACACAGUAGCUGCAUCUGUAGGAUUAAAAUAUUUUGUUCCCAAGUCUGUCUGCUCAGCACGAUAACUACAUGGUAACAAACUUUCAGUAACACCAUGCUGUGUCAUCAUUGCAAAACUAAUUUUCAAUAAUGGUAUCUCUAACGUAAUGUUAUUAAUUUUACUUGUUUUUGAGAAUGUAUCUUAGAUUGGCCUUGUACUAGAGAUUUUAUCUCAGCCUCUAGAGUGCUAGCACUCCAGAUGUGUACCACACAUACCCAUCCAUGUUGUUAAUCCUUUUAAAUAUAGGUUUAAAUGUUUAUAUCUUUAGAGAUCAAGAUCAAACUGAUAGUGUUAUUUGAAAAUAAAUCUAAAAAGGCAGAUAGAUGAUGUAAUAAUGAUCAGUGCUAGAUGUCUGUGGUUCUCAGCAGUGGCAACUUAGAGAGGGGUGGGUGUU